UAGCACAGGAGUUAAGGUGGUAUUAAUUACGCUAACACUGGGAUUCAUUCUACAACUGUAAUGCAAGUUUUAACCAACAUUGAAAUGUACAAACUGGAGUAGACAUUAUCGGUAAAAAUGAAACAACGUACACAGCCUAUCAGAACUACAGCCAGGCAACAUUUUCCACCACCAUUCUUCAUGUUACGUUUCUUUUAAAUUGCAAGCAACGUUGUUAUAAUAUGAGCUCGUACUCUAUCCGAGUGACAAAAUGACACGUUAUACGGCAACAAGUCGACAGAGCAAAACAGAACAACAUUCUUUUAUGGGACACUGCCUGUAACUAAUGGGCUCGUCAAACACCGUUGCCUCAGACAUUCCAAUGUAGUGACAGUGCUCAGAGCUUUGAAUCUACUUAUCGUAACUACCCGACGGUUAUUGUCCUCACUGCAGCUAGCCGCCUACCAACACAAUGCAGCCGGGUGGUUGCGUUUGGCUCAGCUCCCCAUCUCACUCAGCAACUUUCACGGUUUCGUGACUCGAGAGGGACAGAACUUUUGAAGUCCUUCGAGAAUAUCUGACGGGACGUUGAUUUGCCACUACAUUUGGCCAAAUAUUUGGUCCAUAAAACAUCAAUGUCAUCUAGACUGGGGAGCAGCAAGCCAAGGUGUCAGUGACUGCCUUGCUGUCACACACACACACACACACACACACACACACACACACACACACACUCUGAAUAAGAAUAUGUAAGCUCUUAUCAGGAUAUUGUUCAGUUUCCAAGGCUGACCUUUUUCACCAGGUUGGUUUGUACAGCUGGAAAAGCUUCUGUUUCCAUAACAGUCUGGGGGAGCAUGACUGGCUGUGUGUCUUCCUGAGCCCGGCCAUCCCGUCCUCCACCUCUACAUGCUCUGCCACCUGAAGCUGUCUGCCGGAAAGGGACAAAUGGACAUUGGGGAUAUUCUGAGCGCCACUAUGGCGUCUGAGGACAUAGGAUCCGCUGUGGGUCAUGGGACAGCGUUGUCGUCCACUCUGUCAGCCGAGACCAUAAACAAUGGGGACUACAGCAUGCCUGCGAGCCUUGCACGUCCAGUUUCUCACCAGCCAGAGGUUAGCAAUCAGGGCUGCCGUUCAAACCAACGUCUGUAUCAGAAUUUAGGCUAUGACAGUGGGGAGGGGACGUUUCUCGAUGCCGGAUACAAAUGCUGGGAUUACACUCUCGCUAAAAGAGCUAGUGCCACAGCUAAGCUUGUUGACACAUCUCGCGGGGAGUGGGCGACAGCGGGGUUGGAUUUGGAGUUUUGUCCAGCGAGCAGUGUGUCAGCCUGCCGGGAGGCGGACUCUGUCUGUGGAAGUGAUGGGAUCAGGGCUGAGAUGGCGGAGGGGUUUUCUCCCGUGACUCCCCGGUCUGGCGCUCUGCCAAAGGUGAGCCACUCAGAGGGAUCACCCUGCCAGCUGGAGUUCACCACAGCUGGCACGAAAGGCCUCUGCCCAGACCCGAAGCUCUCCCAGUGCGGCCAUAGGAGGAGCAGCCUGCCAGUGGCAUCUUUGUGCCAACUCUCUUGCUCUUCCACGAGGCAGGCAGGAACGCAGGGGACACCAGUAAGGACUGUCGGCGCCUGCAGGCACUACCUCAGAGAUGGCUACUCCAGCCUAGAGAGGCUCAACAGGAGACCCAAAACCAAGGUCUCCGUGGAGAGCUUAUUUAGCAGGGCCACGCCAGAGGGCACGCUCUGCUCCAAGCAGUCCACCAUCCCUCAGAAGAGCGACAGCGACUCUGGCCCGUCGGACAGUGAAUUCAUACGUGACAGGAAAGAGCGCUCCACCGUGUUGGUAAGGAGGUACUACAAAGGUGAUCGCACGGUCAAGAAGUCCGUAUGCACUGGCACCAAGGCCAUCGUGAGGUCCAUGCUCUCGGGACACAUAGCAGAGAGGGCUUGGGAGGCUGUUCUGCACAGGUGUCCCUCCGAUGAGGGUACCGUCCGAUCAAUCAGAGGGCACAGUGCCGAGCCUCUGACCCUCAGCCUGCGAGUCUGCAGAAGGCUUCUCGGCUUCCGAAGGGUCAGACUUUCUGAGGUCCACCAUGCACUGAGCGUUGAAGACAACCUGCUCCAUCCGUGCAGGAAGCUCCUAGCAUUGCCUGGGUGUGUGUGUCUAAGGGCGGCAUGGCUACCCGACCCCUGCCCGGCUCAGCUUAGGUACGGGUACCGUGCCAGCUCCCAAAGGACCUCGGUGUGCGCCCGUCUGAACGGGGCCUUCCUGGAGGCCACCACUGGCCUCUGGCCCCGCAGUGCUCUGCCCGGUGUGACCGGGGGCUCCACUGGCAAAGCCAUGCUCAAAGAGCGUCAGCUGUACAGCAACAUGACGUCUUCCAGCCCCCUCCAGCCCAAUGUGACGGGCAUCAGCAAGGAGCUGGCGGAGCUGCGCCACCUCAUUCAGUUCCCGGAGGAGAUCGCCAGCGUCCUGACGGAGCAGGAACAGCAGCUGUACCGACGCAUUUUCCCCCUGGACUACCUGUGCUUUCUCACCAGGGACCUGGCCGGCCCCGACUGCACCCGGCGACUGCACCCCAGUCUCAAGGCCUCACUGUCAGCCCCGGCCAUGGCCACGCAGACCCAGAGAAACACAGUGGAGGACCUGGUCACACGAUUCAAUGAGGUGAGCUCAUGGGUGACCUGGUUGAUCCUGACUGCAGGUUCCAUGGAGGAGAAGAGGGAGGUGUUCUCCUACCUGGUCCAUGUGGCCAAGUGCUGCUGGAACAUGGGCAACUACAACGCUGUCAUGGAGUUCCUGGCUGGACUGCGGUCUCGUAAAGUCCUGAAGAUGUGGCAGUUUAUGGACCAGUCAGACAUUGAGAUUAUACGCAGCCUGAAAGAUGCUAUGGCGCAGCAUGAGUCUUCGUCAGAGUACAAGAAGGUGGUGAGCCGUGCCCUAAACAUCCCAGGGUGUAAGGUGGUGCCAUUUUGUGGCGUCUUCCUCAAAGAGCUGAGUGAGGCGCUUGAUGGGGCUGCCAGCAUAAUCAGUCUGCGCCACUCGCCACACAACUCUCCAGAGGCCUCGCUAGAGUUUGUGACGGACUACAGUGGGCAGCAGAACUUUCUGCAGAGGGCGGGUCCAGAUGGGUUGCACAGCCAGGAAAAGGAGGCCACUGUCAGCAACAUCCUGCAGAUCAUCCGCUCCUGCAACCGCAGUCUGGAGAUUGACGAGGGAGAGGAGGGUCACCAUGAAGGCUCCUGCACCUCCAGAAAAAACUCAUUCAAGGACAGGAACAGGAAUCACUCUUUCAGGAGCAGGUCUGAUUUGAACCGUGUCUUGUUCGUUGUGGGAGACCUGUCGGACUCGGAGGGGGAGCUGUCUGAGAUGGCUAAGGAAGCGCAGUUCCAGGGCACCGAGGAGACCCACCGGGCCUUUGGCCACGGUACAGAGCUCAUCCCCUGGUACGUGGUGACCCUCCAGCCUGACGUCCACCAGUUCCUGCUGCAGGGAGCCACCGUCAUCCACUACGACCAGGAGAGCCACCUCAGCGCCCGCUGUCUCCUCCGCCUACAACCCGACAACUGCACCCUGACAUGGGCCAACCCGCGUAGUGGCAGCCUGCCCCCUGCCGAUCCCCCAGGCCUGGGUCAGGCCGUAGCGAGCGGCCUGGCUGAGGGAUUGCUGGACCUGUCUGUGGUCAAGGCCGUGUUCCUGGGCCACAGCGGGCUGGACGUGAAUGCGGUGUGCCUGCAGAACAAGCUGUGUAACACCAUGAGGGCCGAGGAGAACGGAGUCAGCCUGCUGUACGGCCUCCACACCACAGACAACAGGCUGCUGCACUUUGUGGCCCCCAAACACACGGCCCACGUCCUGUACGAGGGCCUGGCGGAGCUGGUCAGUGCCAUGAGGAAGCUGAAGAAGUUCCCUGAUCAGAGACUGCACUGGCUUAGGAGGCAGUAUGUCAGCCUCUAUCAGGAGGAUGGCCGGUAUGAGGGACCAACCUUGGCUCAGGCCAUUGAGCUUUUUGGGGGUCGGCGCUGGAACAUAAGCACAGGGGCCACAGAGAAGCCCAGCGGGCAGAAGAACAACUACAACACCAAGAAGAAGAAGAAGGCUCUCGUCAGGAAAGACAGUGGUGAUGCUACUGACGACGAGCCAGUCCAACGGAAAACCAAAAGCUACAAGGACACCAGUAACAGGAAUGGGAUGGAGCUACGUGACAGCAUGGACCAAGAGGAGCUGGAGGAGGGCUUAUCUGGACCCUUCACUCCGUUGAGCAGUAGGAUCCCUGGCUCCCUGGCCUCCUCAUCCUCCUCUUCUUCCUCCUCCUCCUCCUCCAACAUGGGCAGCUCCACCCCUUCCCGUCCUCUCUCCUCCCCCGUCCUUUCGGGUGCCACAAAGGCCCAUCCGGGAGCGUGGAGCAGUAGAAGCUGGCACGGCCGAGGGAAAGGCAGCUUCAAGGGCUUCCAGAACCUCAUGAUUUCCUACAGCACCAUGAGCUUCAUUGAGUUCGUCGAGCUCUUCAAGUCUUUCAGCAUCCGGAGCCGCAAAGACCUGAAGGAGUUGUUUGACACCUACGCCGUUCCCUGCACGCUCUCCAGCCCAGAAUCUGCCCCGCUUUACACCAGCCUGAGGAUAGAUGACAAGGACAGUGAACUACAGCCUGAACUAGACUUGCUGACCCGUAAUGGUUCAGACUUGGGCCUCUUCAUCCGGACACACCAGCAGAUGUCGGACAACCAGAAGCAGAUCUCGGACGCCAUUGCAGCUGCCAGCAUAGUGACCAACGGGACAGGUGUGGAGAACGCCUCCCUGGGGGUGCUGGGCCUGGCAAUCCCACAACUCAAUGACUUCCUGGUCAACUGCCAGCGGGAACACUUGACCUACGACCAGAUCCUCAGCAUCAUCCAGAAGUUUGAGCCUUGUGUAAGCAUGCGUCAGAUGGGUUGGAUGUCCUUCGAAGGAUUUGCGAGGUUUUUGAUGGACAAGGAGAACUUUGCGUCUAAGAAUGAAGAGUCUAUGGUGAACAUGGAGGAGCUUCAGUACCCCAUAUCUUACUACUAUAUAGAGUCCUCUCACAACACGUACCUCACUGGACACCAGCUCAAAGGAGAGUCGUCUGUGGAGCUCUACAGCCAGGUACUGCUGCAGGGCUGCCGGAGUGUGGAGCUGGACUGUUGGGAUGGAGACGAUGGAUCUCCCAUAAUUUACCAUGGACACACACUGACCACCAAAAUCCCUUUCAAGGAUGUGGUGGAGGCAGUCAGUCGCACAGCUUUUGUCAACUCAGACAUGCCGGUCAUCAUGUCCAUUGAGAACCACUGUUCUCUACCACAGCAACGCAAAAUGGCUGAAAUCUUCAAGGCGGUGUUCGGAGACAAGCUGGUGACCAAAUUCCUGUUUGAGAGUGAUUUCUCAGAUGACCCGCUGCUUCCUUCUCCGCUGCAACUGAAGGGAAAGAUCCUCCUCAAGAAUAAGAAACUGAAAGCACACCAGGCUCCUGUGGACAUUCUCAAACAGAAGGUCAGAUGUCAAACCCACACACACAAAGCUCACCAGCUGGCCCACAUGCAGGCCCAGGUCAGCAACUGGACCCCCGCAGGAAGCUCAUCCGGUAACAACCACGACGACGAUGAGGACGACGAAGACGAGUACGACGACGACUAUGAAUCCCUGUCAGACGAUAACAUGCUAGAAGACAAACUAGAAGGGAAGAUUUCAGGUGACAAGGAGGACCAGUUAGUCAUUGAAGAGACACACAAGAGGAUGAAAAAAUGGGAUAAUGCUGUAAUCCCUAGCAAAGGAAAGGUAUUUGACAUGGAGCUGGGAGAAGAGUUCUAUCUCCCCCAGAACAAGAAGGAGAGUCGACAGAUUGCUCAGGAGCUCUCAGACCUGAUCAUCUACUGCCAGGCAGUUAAGUUCCCAGGCCUCUCCACCCUCUCUCCAUUGGCUUCUGGCAGAGGAAAAGACAGAAAGAGCAGGAAGUCAAUCUUUGGCACGACCUCUGCUCGAAGCGGAGGCAGCCCCGGGGAAUCGGUGACGCUAGGCCGGACCCCAGGGAAGGGUGGCGUGGAGGGUGUGCGUCCGACCUUGGAGGAGCAUGCAGUGUCCACGCUCAGCCCCAGCGCCUCGCUUAGCGCCAUCAUACGCACCCCCAAGUGCUACCACAUCUCCUCGGUCAACGAGAACGCCGCCAAGCGCCUGUGCCGCCGCUACUCCCAGACCUUGAUCCAACACACCGCCUGCCAGCUGCUCAGGACCUACCCAGCCGCCACGCGCAUCGACUCGUCCAACCCCAACCCUCUGCCCUUCUGGCUCCACGGCAUGCAGCUGGUGGCCCUCAACUAUCAGACAGACGACCUGCCCAUGCAGUUGAACACAGCUCUGUUUGAGGCUAACGGGCAUUGUGGCUAUGUCCUGAAACCUCCCGCGCUGUGGGAUCGUUGCUGCCCCAUGCACCAGCAGCUCUGCCCCCUGGAGAGAGACGUGGAGGGCAUGAGCCCAGCGCUGUACUCCCUGACCAUUGUGUCCGGGCAGAACGUGUGCCCAGCCAACAGCGCCGGGAGCCCCUGUGUGGAGGUGGAGGUGCUGGGCAUACCGGCAGACUGCUGCCACUUCCGCACCAAGCCCAUCCACCGCAACACUCUCAACCCAAUGUGGUCCGAGAACUUCCUGUUCCGAGUGCACUUUGAGGACUUCUGCUUCCUGCGCAUCACUGUGGUUGAGAACAACAGCUCCCAGACCACCGCUCAGCGGACCCUACCCCUACGAGCCCUCAAACCAGGCUACCGGCACGUCCAGCUGAGGACGCUGCACAACGAGCCCCUAGAGGUGUCCAGUCUGUUCAUCUACAGCCACAGACUGGAGGAGAGUCCCACUGGAACAGCCCAGCCCGCUGCCAUGCUGUUCAGCUCUGAGGAACGGAGGGCAGCCCAGAAGCACAAGGUCACCGUCCACGGCGUCCCUGGACCCGAGCCUUUCACUGUAGUGUCUGUGUCGGAGCAGACCACAGCCAGAGAGCUGCUGGGCAUGUUGCUGACGUCCACAGAUAGUGCCUCUGAGUCCUUCCUGUGUGAAGUGAAGGUGCCCCUGGCGAAGGAGCGCAGUGACAGCAAGAGGUGUCCUCAGCGCCGCCUAGCCCCAGAGGAGGAGAUCAUCCGGGUGAUCAGCAGCUGGCAGCCAGAGGAGGGAUGUGUGGGCAGAAUCUGCCUUAAAACCAGGGAGGAGAACCCAAACGACAGCAGCGUGGUGAAGGAGGGGGAGGUUGAGGCGGAGGCGAGCGUGGUCACGGCGGAGGACGACACCUUCUUCGUCCAGGUGCACGACGUGUCCCCAGAACAGCCUCACACAGUCAUCCGUGCGCCUCGAUACAGCACCGCACAGGACAUCAUCCAACAGACGCUGAGCAAAGCCAAGUACUCCCUGAGCAUCCUGAGUAACCCUAACCCCAGUGACUAUGUGCUCCUGGAGGAGGUGGCUAAGGAGGCCAGCAGCAAGAAGUCUUCCCAGACUAAGCCCAGCCAGAGGGUCCUCCCCAGCGAUGAGUGUGUGUUCCAGGCCCAGAGUCGCUGGAAGGGCGCCGGGAAGUUCGUCCUCAAGCUUAAAGAACAGAUGGUCCGUGAGGACAAGAGGAAGGGCAUCUCGUUUGCCAGCGAGCUGAAGAAGCUGACCAGUCGCAGCCGGAGCAUCGCGGCCCCACAGGAGAGCAGCCACAGCUCUCUCUCUGCAGGACUCAAGGCCUCGGUGGUGGAGGACCAGAAGGAGGCAGACAGCCUCCCCCUCCCAGGCGGUGGGCAUCCGUUCCCCAGGGGCAGGGCCCUCACUGGCUCUGUGACACCCCCCACCUGGACCCUCCCUCUGCUGAGGAACUGGAAGAUCCACAAAUGAAGCCAGGACCCCCCCCACCACCCAAGAGUGUUCCUGAAACACCCCAUGAGUUGAGUGAUUCCCUCCUCCCGGGAGUGAAGAGGUUCCCACAGGAAGUCCGAUCCCGGCUGGCUGGUUGAUUUGGAUGGCGGCUCCAGGAGGAAGUCCUGAGUGUGACGGAAGGCCCGGUCAUCGGGUCAUUCUCUGAUCACCUCCACCUGGGUUGUAUUCAUUAGAGGAACCAUUGUAAAACCUAUUGCAACAGAAAACAAGCACAAAAUUGUUCAAUGGAAUUGUGCAGGUUGUUGUUUUGUUUCGUUUUAUUUGGUGCCUAAUGAAAACCGUCUUGGAGUGAGGCCCAGGGAGGAGGUGUUGGUGAGGCGGUUGCUGGAUGCCGAAGCCGGGCUGAACCGGUUCAGCCGCUUCGAGGAUGAAUAGAGGCUUGAUUCUUGGUCAAGCUGUAUCUUCUAUCCACAGCCGAGUCAUAGUCCAUUGCCUACCGUUGGCUGGUGUUGAAUGGCUGCAUUGAAUCCAGUGUAGUUGAGGUGGAAGUGACAGCAACGACUGCUCCUCUCAGCCUUUUUCCUUCUAAACAUGGCAACAUUGUGAAGGUAGUCAACAAGCUGGCUUGUUGUGUCGCGUUCAUUCUUGUCAAAUUUAGUGCUGGGGUUUUUAACUCUGCAGUUUUGUAAUUGACAAUGUUCAGUGUUUUGCACAGAGUUUUGCCGUUCUUUUAUAUUUUUUCAUAACUUUUUCAAUGGUGAAUCUAAAACGUAGGAAAACCUUCUAUCAAAGCUGGUCAAAGCCUAUUAGCACUUAACCACCAUCACCUCUUCAUGUCAGAAGCAUGGAUCCCCAGAUAAUUUAAAUAGAAAUUAUUUUAUGUAAUGUUUCUUUCUGUU